GAGGGCAGGGGCCCUCCCAGGAGACUCUCCCCCAGGCGCAGCGAAUGCUGCUGCUGCUUGCUGCAGCAACAGAUGCAGCAGUAGAUGCAGCAGCAUUGACGCUUGAAGACCUACACCCUCAGCUGCUGCUUCUAGAGAAGGUCUCCGCAGAGAAAGAUGCUGCUGCUGCUGCUGCUGCUGCGGCAGCAGCAGCAGCAGCAGAAGGCGAAGCAGCAGCAGACAACACCCUUGCUGCUGAGUCGCUGCACUGUCUCCGUUCUGCUCUCGGGUGUCUCCAAGCGCUGACGCACUUGUGGGUGGGGCUUCAUAAAGCCACAGCAGCAGCAGCAACAGCAGCAGCAGCAGCAUCUGCUGCAGCAGCAGCAGCAGCAGGAGAAGGAGAAGGCCCGGGUGCUGCUACAGCACGCCCCCAACCAGCACAGGUAAAACCUGCAGCAGCUGCAGCAGGAGCUGCUGCUGCUGCUGCUGCAGGUUGCGCAGCAUUUGGAGAUGAGGGAAGGGCUUUGAGGGUCUUAGAAGCUGUAGAAAUUGGGUUUGCGGUGUAUCCUGCGCUACGCUGUCUCUCCGCUUGGCGGCAGCAGCAAGAGGAAGAGGGUGCUGCAGCAGCAGGAGGAGGAGCAGCAGCAGCAGGAGUAGCAGCAGGAGGAGCAGCAGCAGCAGCAGCAAUGGAAACAGCAGCAGAAGGGGCAUUUGCUGCUACGCUGCAGUGCUUAUCUCACUUUGCUUCCCUUCCCUUUUGCUGCUGGCCUUCUGCUGCAGCACGAGCAGCAGCAGUGCUGCUGCUGCAGCGCAGGCUGCUGCGACCCUGCUGCUUCUUGCCUCUCACCAAAAUCAGCGAGGCUUCAGUGCUUCCGCUGCUGUUUUGCUCACUUCGCCUUGGUGUGAAGUUGCUGCUGCAGCUGCACGCUGAGGAGACAGCAGCAGCAGCAGCACCAGCAGCAGCACCAGCACCGGCAGCAAAGGGACAAGCAGCAGCAGCAGCAGCAGCAGCAGCAGCAGCAGCAGAUGGGGAGACCCUCAGCAUUCAUUUUCUAAGCGCCAGAGAAGGAGAAGAGUUAAUAAUCGGAACUCUCUUCUUCUGCACUUGUAGGAGACCGGCUGUAGCUCAAGCAGCAGCAGAAUGUCUCCUCGCGCUGCUGCCGCUGCUGGGGUUGCCUCAGCAGCAGCAGCAGCAGCAGCAGCAGCAGCAGCAGCAGCAGCAGCAGCAGCAACGGUGCCUAGAAGAUUUAAGAUGUUCCUUUGAGAAGGAGAUGAGGGCUCAGGGGCUUCUCCUACCAGUGAAGCUGCUGCGGGUAGGCGAGCAGCAGCUGCUGCCGUGUGCUUGCUGCUGCAUGCUGCAGUCGCAGCCGCUGCAGCAGCACGAGGCCCAGCAGCACCAGCAGCACCAGCAGCUGCUGCAGCAACGGCAGCAGCUGAACGGACAUCCGCAACACUCUGCUGCUCUAAUAGAUGCAGCAGAGUGCUUUUUGUAUAAUGUUGUCUCUCCACCUCUAUACCCUGCAGCAGCAGCAGCAGCAGGUGCAGCAAGGGGGAUCAGCAGCAUCUCUCUGGAGGAGUGCGGCCGCCUGCUGCAGCGUUUGCUGCAACCUUUGCUGCAGUUCCUGCUCUCGCUGCAGCAGCAACCCGAUAUUGAGAGGAGCUGCUGCCUCUGUGUCUCUCACCAAGUUGUCCCGCCUGUGCAGUCUCCAGAAGCAGCAAAACCCAGCAGUAGCAGCAGCAGCAGCAAGAGCAGCAGCAGCAGCAGCAGCAGCAGCAGCAGCAGCAAUAGCCCUGAGCAGUCCGAACGGGGCGACGCCAGCGGGACCAUCAGUCGUCGGCGAAGCAGCACCAGCAGCACCAGCACCAGCAGCAGCAGCAGCAGCAGCAGCAGCAGCAGCAGCAGCAGGAGCAGCAGCAGCAGGAUGAUGAUAGGGGAGACUACUAGUCCUGGGAUAGUUUAUUGUUUGUGUCUCCGCCUAUGUCAUUUGCUGCAGUGCUGUCGCAGCUAUUUUCCUGCUUGCUGCUUCACGCUUUCUAGCAGACCUCAUGCUGCAGUGCUGCAGCACCAGCAGCAAACAGCAGCAAGAAGGAGACAGCGGAGAGUAGAAUGGUUGUUCUUCGGUAGGCUUGAUGAAGAUGCCCCCCCUCCUGCUGCUGCUGCUGCUGCUGCUGUUGCUGCUGGUUCUGCUGCAGCAGCAGGAACCGCAGCAGAUGGCGAGGACCCAAGAGCAGCAACAGCAGCAGCAGCAGCAGCAGGAGCAGCAGCACGUAUGAGGCCCCCAGGAAGAGCAGCAAUGAAAGCUAUCCCUGCAAUGAGUAGUGCUGCAGCACUAAAAGCUUUUGAUGGCUCCGGCAUAAUUAAAACUUUUGUCGGUUUGUUUGGCGGAGGGGCUGACGAUGAAGAUGAAGAGGACAAUAAAGAAGAUAAAAAUAAAGUCAAAGAGUCUGAGUUGAAGGAGACAGCAGAUUUACAGCGCUGGGCUUUCAUGUCUUUCUUUCUAAGUGCACCGCCUUCUACACAAAUCCCUCCAGCAGCAAGUGCCUUUUAUAGGCCGCUGCAGCAGCAGCAGCAGCAGCAGCAGCAGCAGCAGCAGCAGCAGCGGCAGCGGUUGUUCUCGGCGCAGCUUUGCUUUUUGCUGAAGAUGCGUCCGCAGCUUUCUUCUGGAUCUGCAGCAGCAGAAGGGGCAAAGCCCUCCAGCAGCAGCAGCAGCCGUGCUGCUGGUGCUGAUGCAGCAGCUGCUGCUGCUGCAGGGAAGCAGCAGCUAAGCAGCACAAGGGCAGCAGCAGCAGCAAGGCUGCUGGAGGAGGAACGAGCUGCUGCUGCUGUUGCUCUUACUUUUCUGCGGCGUCUUCAAGACCCUCCUUCAAGGGCUGCACAGCAACAGCAGUGGCAACAGCAGCAGCAACAGCAGCAGCAGCAACAGCAGCCAAAGCAGCAGCAGCAACAGCAGCAGCAGCUAAAGCAGCAGCAGCAGGUUGCUGCAACAGGAACAGAAGCAUGCAUCACUGCAGCACCAACCGCUACCCCUUCUCCUGCGACAGACGGAGAUCAGGAAGCAGCAGCAGCAGCAGCAAAAGCAAAAGCAGCAGCAGACAAAGCAGCAGAAGCAGCAAAGGCAGAAGCAGCAGAAGCAGCAGCAACAGCAGCAGCAGAUGAGUGA